AUGGCGUACAUGUGCGCCGACAGCGGCAACCUCAUGGCCAUCGCGCAGCAGGUGAUCCAGCAGCAGCAGCAGCAGCACCAGCACCAGCAGCAGCAGCGCCACCACCACCUCCUGCCGCCGCCCAUGCCGUCCGCCCAGCCGCCGCCCCCGCACGCCCAGAUCCCGGGCUCGCUGCCCUACGCCGCCGCCUCCGCCGCCUGGCCCCACGCCGAGCACUUCUUCUCCGACGUCUUCGGCGCGUCCGCCGCCGACGCCGUCUUCUCCGACCUCGCCGCCUCCGCAGACUUCGACUCCGAUGGCUGGAUGGAGAGCCUCAUAGGGGAGGCCCCCGUGUUCCAGGACUCGGACCUGGACCGCCUCAUCUUCACCACCCCGCCGCCGCCCGUCCCGCCUCCGGCCGACGCCAUCGCCGCCGCUGCGCAGGACCAGAAUGCGCGGGCCUCUCUCCCCCCGGUCGCCACCGCCACGCACGCAGCGUGUUCGUCUCCGAGCGCCUCGGACGACUCCUGCUCAGCUCCCAUCCUCCAGUCCCUCCUCGCCUGCUCCCGCGCCGCCGCGGCCAACUCCGGCCUCGCCGCCGCGGAGCUCGCGAAGGUCCGCGCAGCCGCCACGGACGCCGGGGACCCCGCGGAGCGCGUGGCCUUCUACUUCUCCGACGCGCUCGCCCGCCGCCUCGCCCUUGGCGGCACACCAGCAUCCCCCGCAACGUCAUCCGACCCGCGGCUCGCCUCCGACGAGCUCACGCUCUGCUACAAGACGCUCAACGACGCGUGCCCCUACUCCAAGUUCGCGCACCUCACGGCGAACCAGGCCAUCCUGGAGGCCACGGGCGCGGCGACCAAGAUCCACAUCGUUGACUUCGGCGUCGUGCAGGGCAUCCAGUGGGCGGCGCUGCUGCAGGCGCUGGCCACGCGGCCCGAGGGGAAGCCGUCCCGGGUGCGCAUCUCCGGCGUCCCCUCGCCGUACCUGGGCGCGCACCCGGCGGCGUCGCUCGCCGCGACCAGCGUGCGCCUCCGCGACUUCGCGCAGCUCCUCGGGGUCGACUUCGAGUUCGUGCCGCUGCUCCGGGCGCCGGCGCACGAGCUCGACGGGUCCGACUUCUCCGUCGAGCCAGGCGAGGUCGUGGCCGUCAACUUCAUGCUCCAGCUCUACCACCUCCUCGGCGACUCCGACGAGCCGGUGCGGCGCGUCCUGCGCCUCGCCAAGUCGCUCAGCCCGGCCGUGGUCACCCUCGGGGAGUACGAGGUCAGCCUGAACCGAGCUGGGUUCGUCGACCGAUUCGCCAAUGCGCUGAGCUACUACCGGUCGGUGUUCGAGUCGCUGGAUGUGGCCAUGGCCAGGGACUCCGAGGAGAGGGUGACCAUGGAGCGGUGCAUGUUCGGGGAGCGCAUAUGGCGGGCGGUCGGGCCAGGGGAGGGUGCGGAGAGGACGGGCAGGAUGGCCGGCAGCGGCGAGUGGCAGGCGCUGAUGGAGUGGUGCGGCUUCGAGCCGGUCCGCCUCAGCAACUACGCCAUGAGCCAGGCCGACCUCUUGCUCUGGAACUACGAUUCCAAGUACAAGUACUCGCUCGUGGAGCUGCAGCCCGCGUUCUUGUCGCUGGCAUGGGAGAAACGGCCUCUGCUCACCGUGUCUGCCUGGCGGUGAGGUGUUCGUUCUCCAUGUAUUUGUUCCUGUAGGCUUAGUAGGAAAUCGUUUUUGAAGCUUCUGUAUUAGUUUGGUACUGUGUUUAGGAUGGUGGUAAUGGCUAGAUGGUAUAAUUGGGGAAAUUUAGUUGAAUUAGCUUUGUCAGAUGCUUGUUUUGCAGCAUGUUAAUUAGAGCAAACUUAGUGCUAAUUGUAUAUGAACUUAGAGCAUGGUUCUUUUAUGGGGAGAUUGAUUGCUCA